AAUGUCGCGUUUAUGUUGGAAAUUUGACUUAUGAAGUAAAAUGGGCUCAGUUAAAAGAUUUCAUGCGUCAAGUUGUUUUUGCUGAUGUCUUGGUGCAACCUAAUGGCAUGUCUAAAGACCGGGAGACUGAAGCAAAAUUUGGUACUGGAUUAAGCAUUAGGCCUGAUAGAUCAUUACCAGUUCACAAUAGUAAUAAUAGUCAUCAUUUUGCAAAUGUUGGCGGUGGUAAUGCUGGUAGACAAAUUUAUGUAGGAAAC